UUUGACUACCAAAUGAAAAACCCUGCAUCAUUUGCAUCAUGGAGCCGGACUCUGAUGCGGAGAUCUUCGGUGAAGUUUGUGAUGAAUGACAGCACGGAGAGCAAACAGUGGUCGGAGCGUGUGUGUGUGUGUGUGUGUGUGUGUGUGUUUAAGUGUACAGAGGGGAAUGCCUUGUUUACCUUCGCUGUGAGGUGGGGCGGUUCUCCACAGGUGCGCUGCCUCAGCUCAGGUACACAGGAUGAAGCAUCCUCCCGUUACACACGCUCAGACAGGCGGUGAUGUCUCCACGAUGAACCCGCUGAGGUGUGUGGGAACCUGCGUGCCUUUAUUCCUGCUCGCCCUCGUUUUUGACGUCGUCGGUUUGAUUCUGCUCUUCAUCGGGAUAUUCGCCAACCUGCGCCUCGACGGCCGCUUUUAUGGCGACUUCUUCAUCUACACCGGCUCCCUGAUCGUCUUCUUCAGCCUGGGCUGCUGGCUCAUGUGGUACGUGGGGAACGUCCCGGUGUCCGAGGACGACGGCUCCAGGAAGAGGAGCAGCGUGGUCGUGCGUCUGGCGAGGAAACUGUCCGAGAGGCUGAGCCAGAAACUGAAGGGGGAAGACCGGUUGAAGUGCGUGGAGGAUGAGGACGGCAGCCAGGUGGACUCACCUGCGCCCAAAGCCAGCAGGGUGACAUGGGGCAAAUCCACUGCCUACCACAAUGAGGGGUACGAUGACUCUCUGGACUCCCCCACUGUGAAGGACAUAGUGGAUACUGACAAAGAGGAGAAGCUGGAGCUCUGACCUUCAUGUAAAAACACUUUCUUCUUCAUGUGUCUGAUGAAGGAUGAUAAUACAAAGCAUCUUAUUUCAAUCUGUGACUUUAUGAGUUUCAUUGGAGCAAGUUCAGUUUCUUUUUCUGCUAAAAACACUGAGACGAAGGUCUCUAAACAUUUCAAACUGUAAUUUCCUAAUAAUUCCCAGGGAAGGACUUGGUAACCUCUUUUUUUUUACAGAGUUUCAGGGUCUUUAUUUCAUUUUACAUUGUGUGCAUUUUUCUAAAUUAAAGCAACAUUAUGUAGCUUUAAAUCUCACCGUCUGAAUCAUGUGGAUGGUUCACUGACGUGCAACAGGGAGAACACCUGUUGUUUCUCUGUGUUACUUUAGUUUCUCAGGUUCGAUCUCCCUCUGACCGAGUGACAGUCCGCAGCUUAAACUGCAGAUCAGUUAAAAAGACUUGGAAGCGUUCGUCUCUGAUAUCCAGCCAUGAAACUGACAGAAAUAUCAAGACGUAGACACAGAGUUUGGUUUGUUUGUUACAGCGACAGCACUUCCUGGAUCCUGAAGCUGGGGUUCGUGGGUAAUAUACACUGUGGGACAGUUACAUUUUGUUGCUUUAAAUCCAGUUUAAUUUACUUAAAUUGAUUUCUAAAUGCUAACUAAUGCAGGGGAGGGUCCACGUUAGAUUAACUCAAAAUCAAAAAUCCUUGAACCUCCUAAAAACUCCAUUAACACAGAACACUUGAUUUCCUGAGACGCCGGCUCUGAGCCGUCCUGCCUUCUGAACACUCCUCCACUGUUUCAUCUUUAUUAAGUGUGUCCAACAUGUUUCUCAUCAGCUGUAGCUGCUGUCAGACACAGUAAAGUCAGGCUGUGUUUGUUAUUUGAUUUGCUGUCAAACUGUGACUGGUCAGACUGGUUUGUGUCUGCGGUGUGGUGUUGGUUAAACAAACCUGAACAGAGGAUCGUGUGUGUCCUGGAAACCUCAUGUCUGCUAUGUAUCUAAUAUAUAUAUAUCUAUAUUUACCACAUCUUUAUGGAACAGUAGCUGCAGAGUUUGAUCCUCAGAUUUGAAUCACCCUGAUGGCACACUGUCCGCUCUGUCUCUGCUAACGGAGAGUUAGCACCACCGACAGCAUAGCUCACUGUCAAACUCAUGACAGUGUUACAGUAAAUAAAACACAGUUCACCUGUGCUGUGUACACCUGGAGGCAGGACAGUGAGUCAAAGCCGCAGAGCAGAGACAAAUGGUGGCAGCUUGACAGGUCAAACAAGGUGCACACACACACACACACACACACACACAGAAGUUUCCAUUACGUGCAUUUCCUCUUUCAGUCACUUCACAAAAGGCGUCAUUAUUGCAGUGAUGCAUGGACUGUGGAUUAUUAAAUAUUUAGGGAAGGCUUGAAUACAGUGUAUCCACCCUGUGGAGCUGCUCCCAAGCUAAAUAUAAAGGGUAAAUAUUCUUCCUGGGGUAAAUGUCUGAACUCAGCAGGAGUGAAGUCAAGAGGAGAAGAUGAAACAGCUCCUGCAUCAGUUAGGUUUCAUUAGCUGGACAAAAAGAUCUGUAGGGGCACAGCUGAUUAUAGCAGGUUUAUCAGUGUGUACACAGCAGCUCAACAGCACCUGAUAAUGAAAUAUGUGUUCAACUGUCAGGCAGGUUACACACAAUGGGCUGAUGUGUCAUAUUAGUGACAUGAAAGGUGCAAAACAAGUUGGCCCUGCAGAGGAAUGAAGGACUGUGAGGUUGUGAGCUGCUGUUAAUGAGCAGCUCAACCCGUUGUAGUGGUUGGAUACCAGUCCUGCCACUAAGUCUUGUGCUAUGAGAGAAAUGUAAGGUGUGCUGCCUGUGAAAAGACAAUGAUCCAGAAGACAGGAAAGCACCUUUGUGGAGAGACUCGCUCUCACUCCCGUCAGACCUUCAGACGACAUCCACCUGUCCGCCUUCACCCGGCCUGGCCAUGGAGCAGGGGAGGUUCACCAUCCUCUUCGUGUCGCUGGCCGUGAUCCUGGACGUCGUCGGCCUCGUCCUCUUCUUCGUGGGGAUCUUUGCGCCUUUGAGCUUCUGGGACUUUUUCGUGCUGUCCGGACCUCUGCUGAUCUUCCUCAGCCUGGUCUUCUGGAUAUUCUGGUACCUGGGGAACCUCACUGUGUCUGAGGAGGAGCUCAGCCUGCACAAACCAGACAUACUGUGAUCGCAGUAUGAAGCUGGACUCAGGCAGGUGGGACUGUGAUCCUCUGCCUCUGAACCCCUUGAGGUUUCGCCUCAGUGAAGGAUAUGUGAUAAAUUCAAAUCCAGGCACAACCUGGAAUACAUUUGAAUAAUACUGGAAGAUAAAAACUCUAUUCCACCCUUUGACUUGAGGGUAAAAACAACCUGCCAUGUUGUGUAUGGACAGCAGUGAUUUCCUGGACUUUGUCGGAGCGGAAAAUGUCGUUGUCAGCACUUUGAAUAGGAGGAGGAAGCUUUUAAAAACUGCACCAUGAAGAUGCUGUAUGCCUUAUUUAUGUCAUUAUCGUCUGUGGAUGUUGUGAGUUGAUAUUUAUGUGUCAACAUGUCUCUGCGUGUUUGUAUAAGAUGGAUAAACAUGUGAAAUUAGUGACUAAACAUGCUUUAAAAUGACUGUUGUUGUGUUCUCUGUGAGGCUGCUCUUCAUUAAAAACUAACCAAACAGGCA